CCUUUGUGCGCCGAAUUGAGAGGGAGUCCGCUGAGAGGAAUAACUAACAAACUAAUUUUGGACGCCAUGUUUAAAAAGCAAACAGCUGUACCAGCCAGUUGUACACAAAGUAACCUCUUAUUUCGUACGGGAGACGCCACAGCAAGCCUAUUCUUCAAUAUUCCGUUCCGUUGUUUCUUUCUUUAUCAGAAGGCAGCCUAAACAUUCCGUCGCAGACGGAAAAGGCAAUUCGUGAAAAUAUAGUGAGUGGAACCAAGAUAGCGGAUGAGAAUACCUACAUAUCUCGUGCCUUAAUUAUCCAUGAGCGGUUUUUAAUUCCUCCACAAUAUGUCAGAUAACGUAAGUACCGGUACGCCGGACAGCCGAGAUAACGUCAUGUAUACUCCGCGAGCACCUCGAAUGCGUCAACGACAACGGUUCGACCUAAGUACAUGGCCAGAAGAAGAGGACGAAAUCGAUGGACUGGAAAGCUUAGUAGCCCAAACAUGGAACAUUUAUGCAGUAUCUGCUCUGUUCGACAUUGAACAAGAUGAUGUUCACUUCAAACUAUAUUCGAAGAGAUUGCGAGAAGAGAUUGCAAGCACCUUACCGAGUGAAGAUGUAACUUAUGACGCAAAGUUUUCUGUCAUGGAAGAUAUUACAUCUAAACCAAAUAAUGACAAUCCAGUAAUCAAGAUUGAAGUUGUAACUAAAAUCAAUGGUCGUGAGAAUGGUGUUGAAAAAUCCAUUUAUAAAGGGAUAUUAUUAUUAUGGAGCUUAACACAGACUACGUUAAAUAUACAGAAUUCUACAAGAUUGCCUCUUCUACUCUGUCGUGGUACUCGCAGCUGUAUGAACGCGGUACAUACCAUCAUCGGUCGUAUGUUUGACUGUUUAAUAGUUACGUUACCAGCUAAUGAGGAUGACUUGCGUUGGUUGGUUCCAAUUAUAAUUACAAUCAAUAACAAGGAUGAGCCAAUAAUUUCUGGCGAAGUUCAAAUGGAAUACACAGUGCCAGAAUUACCACUUACAGAUGCCAUUAAAGUUAAAUUUCAUAGUUCAGAUUUGAAGGAAAUAUUAUCAGCCAUUGUCGGAGAUCAAAAUAACAGAGUUAAUGUAUUUCUUGAUUACGAACACAUGGAAAUGUUCCAUGAAGUUUUACAUAAACAAAUGUUAGUGGUAGGAGGUUUACAGUUAGGGUUAUGUACAUUGCGCAGGAUUAAUCUGCCUGGGAUAACAAUAAUGGAGAAUAGAAUGAAAGUGACAAAUGUAGAAAUUAUGAAUAAUAUAUUGUUAUACUUUAGUGACAAAGCUCUUGAUAUAUUUCAUACAGUGCAUAUUGAUGUUUGAACUUUUCUUAUUUUAAUGUCUUGUGAUAUACAUAGUUCAAAUA